AUGUCUUCGACCUCUCUUCUGCGAAUUGCCGCCCGCGGUCCCUCCAGGACCUUCUUCCGCGCAAACCGACCCGUCGCUCCCACCCGGUCCAGUGCGUCUUUCGUUCCGGGCCUGGUCGCCGGCUCCAGCCUCAACUUCAGCACCACCGUCGCCCGACAAAGCAACGAGCCCGAAGAGACCUUCGAGGAGUUCUCUGCCAGAUACGAGAAGGAGUUCGAUGGUGUGCAAGAUGUCUUCGAGCUGCAGCGCAACUUGAACAACGCCUUCGCCUACGAUCUUGUCCCUUCGCCUACCGUCCUCCAGGCCGCUCUCAAGGCCGCGAGAAGAGUCAACGACUACCCGACGGCAGUGCGCAUCUUCGAGGGCGUCAAGGCCAAGGUUGAGAACAAGGGCCAGUACCAGCAGUACCUCGACGAGCUGAAGCCCCUGCGGGAGGAGUUCGGCGUCGUGCUGAAGGAGGACAUGUACCCGGAAGAAGCCACCAAAUAG